AUGAGCACGAGCAAGAAAGUUACGAUCCUGACGUUCUUCGGCGCACGAUCACUAGACAUCGCAGCGACUGCCGCCCAAAUGGCGUUUACCCACGGCUUCGCAUCACCCAACCCGACGAAAGACCUCUGGACAUGGACACUCGUCACUCAGAUCAUUGAGUGCAUCACCAUCCUCACAUCAUGCGUACCCUACCUACGACCGCUCCUGGAACACGUCCCAUCAGGCCUCUACGGUACCGACACGAUACGACACCGAGCUCUCCAGCAUCGCUUCGAGAGUCGGUGGCGGAACAAAACACAGUCGGAAGAGUGA